AUGCGUCUCGUAUCACGAAGUGGCCUGAUAGCCCUUGUCCUGGCGGGUAACUCUCUCGCCGCCUGCGCCAAAGGCAACACAACCACUUACGACUACAUCGUUGUUGGGGGCGGACCAUCAGGCAUCAUUACAGCCGAGCGAAUCUCGGAAGCAAACAAGAAGGUCCUUCUUAUUGAAAAAGGACCCGGGCCCACCGUCUCAACUGGAUCCAAUCAUACGCUCGUCUGGAACGACACUUUGACGCCUAUCGAUGUUCCCGGUCUAACAACUGCCAUUGGGGGGUUGGAUCUUUGGCAGGAGUAUACUUGCAAAGACCACGAGGCAACUGCAGCAUGCGUCCUCGGAGGAGGGACUACGAUCAAUUAUAUGGUCUUUGUUCACCCACCCGAGCAUGAUUUCGACAAGUGGCCGGCAGGUUGGAAGUGGGUAGACAUCGCCCCCGCCGCCCAGAGGCUGUAUGAGAGGAAUCCAGGGUCUAAUACCCCAUCAGCCGACGGCGAGCGAUAUGACCCGGGGAUGUAUGAUAUUUUCUCGACUUUCUUGAAUAAGCUGGGCUGGAGGUUGACCGACAUGUCGGAGCAAGCCAACGACAAACACAUGGUAUACAGCCACCCGACCUGGAACAUCAAGAAUUCUAAGCGCGCAGGCCCCGUCCGCACAUACCUGCCUCUUGCUCAGCAGCGAGACAACUUCUCAUUGCGCCUGGGAACCACCGUCAUCCGCCUCGUCCGUGAGGGCUCCCGCGUCACUGGCGUCGAGGUCCAGGGAUCCAACGGUACUCGCGAAAUCAUUAAUCUGUCCAAGAAUGGAAGGGUAGUUUUGUCUGCCGGUGCACUUGCAACGCCACGUGUGCUUUUCAACUCAGGCAUCGGCCCCAAGGAGCAGGUUGAGGUGGCAGCAAAGACUGGUGUGACGCUGCCACCCCAGAAGGACUGGAUUGAGCUCCCUGUAGGCAAAAACUUCAAAGACCAUCCUAUUUUCACCCUCGAUAUCCAAACAAAUGGCACAUGGGGACCCCUUGCUAGCGAUAUUGUCCUUGAUGGAAGCGACACCAAGAACAUCGACUUGUAUGAGACCGCCGGCUCUGGCGUCUUGACGCAGGGCAGACACCGUCUUAUCUUCUUCAGCUCUGUUGUUGGCAGUGAUGGUGUCACACGGUACUUCCAGGGCUCAGCUGCGCCAUCAGGAACUGGACUCAUCUCCCUUAAAGUAUACCUGACUCACGGAUUGACCUCGGAGGGAGUGUUGGGACUGGCUGAGGAUGGAAAGACCAAGAUCUUGCAAUCGCCAUACCUACAAACUGAAGCUGAUGUGGAUGCUGCCACCACCUUCAUCGGAAACUUUGUUGAGAAUCUCCAGUCUUCUGAGCUAGGAUUCAAGAUCAAGAACUUUACCAACGUGUCUGCCAUCAUCAACAACCCUACCAGUGGUGUCCAUUUUGUUGGUACCGCUAAGAUCGGCACUGAUGAUGGACGCAAGGGAGGCUCAUCCGUUGUUGAUACCAACGCCAAGGUGUACGGAGUCGAUAACUUGUUCGUCUCCGACGCCAGUAUCCAUGCUGACCUUCCCAGCGGUAAUAGUCAAGCAAUUGUUAUGGUUGUUGCCGAGGCAGCAGCUGCUAAAAUUCUGGCUUACAAAUAG